GCCGCUCGGUGGGCAGGGCCAGCACCUCCGUAAUGUUCAAUAGAUUUAAAGGAAGCAAUGUUUCCCUUAGCUCAGCUGCUGCGACGGACUCUAUCGGCUUCGGACCGCUCGCCAUUUUAAUCUGCCAUUUCAAGGAAUAACACACACAUUUAACAAUAAUAAAGCGUCCGUUCAAGACUAGACAGAUCUCCACUAUGCUGGAAAUGGAUGUGAUUCAUUCCGGUCAACAGGACAUGGAGCUGAUCGACAUACUGUGGAACCAGGACAUUGAUCUCGGAGCCAGGCGUGAGGUGUUUGACUACAAUCACCGUCAGAAAGAACAUGAGCUGCGGAGGCAACGGGAGCUGGAAGAAGAGAAGAGGCAGCAUCUGGUGCGGGAGCAGCAGAAGGCCCUGCUGGCACAGCUUCAGCUCGACGAGGAAACGGGAGAGUACAUCCCCUGCCCGCCACCCAGCGCCCCGCUGCAGUCGGCUGUCACACCUCUAGAGGUUACACAGAAUGUCAGCUACACAGAAGAGAGCGGUGAUGCCAUGUCAUUCGAUGAAUGUUUGCAGCUACUGGCAGAGACAUUUCCUGUAGAGGAAACUGAGAACACCCCAGUUUGCCUGGACACAACUGCUGUCUCAGCCCCCAUGAUGCCCCCCGAGCAGCCGGUUCUGCCCCCGGCCACCCUCUCCCCUGCUCCACUACCACCACCACCACCACCACAGAGGAUCACCCCAGAUUUGGAGCAGGCCUGGAUGGAGCUUUUGUCCCUCCCUGAGCUGCAGCAAUGCCUGAGCAUGCAGAUGGAGGACACACUUGAGACCACAACUUAUCCACUUCCAAACAGCCCUGAAGUUCAGAAUCCAAACUACAGUUUUUACCCCAUGACCAAUCUCACAGACAAAACCAACAGUUUAAAUGUCUGCCCUGCUGAGUUUAUGAAUACAUUUGAUGGCUCUGUUCACAAUUUGGCCCCAGCAGACAAUCUCGGCCAGAUAAGGGCAAACGCUCCUCAGUUAAAUGCUAAUUUAACUGCUGAAGGCUUCUGUGAGAUAUACUACCCCGAUGUCAUUCUGGAAGAGAGCAGUGGUCAACAUGGCCUCAAAGAAAAUGAAAGUAAUGCCAUGUCUGAUAUCCCAAACAAGCCUUUCUUCACCCCAUUGGACCCUUACAGCCUUUCACCAGGAGAUGCGUUUGACAGAGGUAAACACAAUCUAAUGGUAGAACUGCCAGACUCGGAUUCAGGAAUCUCUUCAAACACCAGCCCCAAUGCUAGUUCCCCUGGGAAGUCUGUGUAUGGCAAUGACUCCUAUGGUUACAGCGAUUCAGACAUGGAUGAGAUGGAUGACAAUCCUGGAAGUGCAGAAUCUGACUACUCAGAGAUGUUCUCACUCAAUUUCCAACCUGAUGAUCAUCAGAUGGCAAUUUCUGUGUCCGCACCGCUAGGGCAAACACAACAGGAGAAGAAUCCCAAACAACACAGGACGGACCCAGCAGAGGAUGGCGGGCAUAACAGCACCCCCUUCGCCAAAGACAAGCAGAAGAAACGCUCGGAAGUACGUCUCUCUAGAGACGAGCAGAGGGCCAAAGCCCUCAAAAUCCCUUUCACGGUUAGCAUGAUUAUCAAUCUGCCUGUUGAUGACUUCAACGAGCUGAUGUCAAAGCACGAACUGAAUGAGGCCCAGCUGGCCCUGGUCCGAGACAUACGCCGCCGCGGCAAAAACAAGGUCGCUGCCCAGAACUGCCGCAAACGCAAGAUGGAGAACAUAGUGGGUCUGGAGAGCAACCUGGACUCACUGAAGGACGAGAAGGAGCUUCUGCUGAGUGAGAAGAGCGAGAACAUCACAAACAUGAAGGAGAUGAAGCAGCAACUCAACAGCUUGUACCUGGAGGUCUUCAGCAUGUUGAGAGAUGAGAAGGGGAACUCUUACUCUCCCUCCGAAUACUCCCUCCAGCAGUCCACUGACGGCAGCGUCUUCCUCGUUCCUCGCAUCAAAAAGACUUUCAUCAAGACUGAAGACAACCUCUUCUCUCCUUUGUAA